ACUGAAGUACGUUACGUAAAUGUCAUUCGUGAAGUAGGAUCAAAUAACCAACUAUGCCUCUUACUUAGAAUGUGUUAAAGAGCAUGAACAGCGGAAGAAAUGUUUACGCGCGGCGGAAGACGUGAACUUGAAUGUAGAAGCUAUUACGAAAUUGGUGGUGGAAAAUAUACGUAAGAAACACCUAGAAUGCGAUGCAACGUAAAAGGAACUAUUAUUGAGGCGGAUAUGGAAAAGAUUAAUGGUCUGGAUUGGCUAAUUUUCUAUCAAAGUCAAAGAGAAGAAGCUUUACGACAAACAACCGCGGUCAUUAGAUACUUCUUGACUAACGAAAAGAUCGAUGCGACGCGAAAAGUAUUUAACAAGAUCCCAUCAGAUUCGAUAGAAUCAGUGAGUACCCAAUUAUGGACUGCACACUCACGAAUCUUACGAUACCUAAUAAUUUGUCGAAGAAAGCGGCUGCAUCGAUAAGAGACUACCUUUAUUAUAAAACGUAUCUUGACGCUCAAGAAGGUUUCGGCAAAUGGUUCUCGCAAAAUCGUCACGGUAAACCUACGCCACCGGAAGAGUUGCCGAUGUAUGCCACGUUCACGGAAAAGGUUGCGUCCGAUCCCAGAAAGACGCAGUACAAUUCAGAAUUCGAAAGAUGGAAAUCUACGAUGCAGCAUACGAAGCGGCUGGCUCGUCGAUUCAUUCGGUUAUGUCCGAGAUGAACGAGCACAACAGUUACAUUCAGCUGGCUGACAUACUUGCUUCCGAGCAACAUGAGCUGUACAAAGUAUUUUCAAAGGAAAGAUUACACGAGAUAUUUAAAAAGAUCUGUGAAUUUUCUCUCGUCUUAAGACCAAAAGAAAGAUCCUUGGGGAUAUUCGAAAUCAAAUAUGUAGAUAAUGUAUUACUGUAUAAACUAUUUUGUUAUGUAUACCAAGUUUUUUUCUCCAUUGCUUAAUUUCUAUUCGCCUCCC